CCGCACAGGUCUCUACACGCGUGCGUGAAAACGUGCUGACAACUAAAGAUGGCGGCCUGUGCGCUACGAAGAGGUUUGCUUAGCACCGUCAGUAAAUACAACAGCAAACAAACGCACAGAUUACUGAGUGUCGCAGACGCCGGCGCUGGGUUCGAAGCGUACAAACUGCGGCUUCAAUGCCGCACGUGCGGACUGUCCGGCGAUGUUCAGCAGAGGAGGUUUAUGUCGUCCCGGAACAGGCCUGAAGGGAAGAUUUUGGAAACUGUGGGAGUGUUUGAGACUGUGAAGCAGCACGGAAAAUAUGAGACAGGACAGCUGUUUCUCCACAGCGUGUUUGGCUACAGAGGCAUCGUCUUGUUUCCCUGGCAUGCCCGACUCUAUGACAGAGAUAUCACCCCUCCCAUGUCUGACAGUAAACCUGAGCCUCCAGGAGCCCACGGCUCCAAGGAGGUAAAGGGAAAGACUCACACCUACUACCAAGUCCUGAUUGACACCAGGGACUGCCCUCACAUAUCUCAGAGGUCCCAGACAGAGGCAGUGACGUUUCUGGCCAACCAUGAUGACAGCAGGGCUCUCUACGCCAUCCCAGGUCUGGACUAUGUGAGCCAUGAAGACAUCCUGCCUUAUAACUCUGCAGAGCAGGUUCCCAUUCAUCACGAGCUGUUUGAGCGCUUCCUCAUGUACAACCCUGCAAAAUCCCCACCAUUUACAGCCAGAGACACCCUGAAGGCUUGGCAGGAGAAGAACCACCCGUGGCUGGAGCUCUCGGACGUGCACAGAGAGACCACUGAGAACAUCAGAGUCACGGUCAUCCCCUUCUACAUGGGAAUGAGGGAGGCCCAAAACUCUCAUGUUUACUGGUGGAGAUACUGUAUCCGUCUGGAGAACUUGGGAAAUGAAGUGGUUCAGCUGAGAGAGAGGCACUGGAGGAUCUUUAGUCUGUCAGGAACCCUGGAGACAGUCCGAGGACGAGGGGUCGUAGGCAGGGAGCCGGUGUUGUCUAAGGAGCAGCCAGCCUUCCAGUACAGCAGUCACGUGUCUCUACAAGCCCCCAGUGGUCACAUGUGGGGGACGUUUCGCAUUGAAAGGACCGAUGGCUCCCACUUUGACGUUCGCAUUCCCCCUUUCUCCCUCGAGAGCAACAAAGACGACAAAGCGCCCCCCGCUGGCUACACAUUCUAGCAGACGUGUAGCCUCCUGGCUCCUGAACACGCUGUGGGGUGAUGGCUUGUCUAGAAUUGUUCUUUGUCCGUAACGUUGCCUCAGCCUACAGUGUAAGACUAGCGUGAGUCAGGUUACGUAAACAGAACAUUUAGCUUCUCUAGGUCAUCCAAAUGAACGCCCACCUUGCCCUCGCUUCCGUCAGAGUGCACCCAAUAGCAGAUUGAGUCAUAAUGGGUAGAAAACAGAUGUGUCCUCAUCCCAUGUUGUGUAGGGGAGGAACGGUAGCAUUGCCAAGCAGUCGCACAUGAACCCAACAGCUGAAACAUUGGUCAGGUGUCUCUUGGUUACUAAAGGGAUGGUUCAUGACUGCAGAGCCUCAUGAUGAUCAGUAGAGUUUGAGUUAAAGUUCAAAUAAUAAACCCAAAACUAACACUGUUUUGAACUACAUGGCUGAAUACGUGUCCUGUAGUAGGGUGAUAACUAUAAUUUCGGGCUGGUGUUCUGGUUUUUAAAGUUAAACCCCUCUCGUCUUGUCUGCCAGACUUUUGCCUAACACUAUAAAGAAGUCUGAUUUUGAGUGAAGCACAAUGGGUGGAAUCAACACUGGUCAGCAGAACAACAGUAAAUGUUCAAGUGAAACCGAAUCUCAAAGUGAGCAUCUAAUAUAAUGACGUGCAGAGUUUAUGAAAUCUCGACAUCUGGAAACAGAUGUCAUAUGAAAUGUUGCUGGUUACUUUCACAUUAGACCUGUCCUGCAGCUUUCUGCUGUUGCUAUAGAAGGCAUUUCCAGCAGAUCACUAGCCAGUUGUAUGACAACUGACUCGGUUUGUUAGGAGUUAAACUAUAUGAACUAAAAAUAUUUAUUCAAUAAAACCUUUAAUUUUUCGUUUGUGGGGUAUUUUGAUGUUUUUUUUUUCUGAUUAUCUGUUUUACUUUAACUGCAAAAAUAUGAUUGUUUGCAUCAGUGAACUAUUGCAUUAUUUUAUUUGAUCACUUAUAUAGAAUCUGGUUCCUUGUUGACAUUUAAAUGCUCUUUUUGCUGGAAAGGAUCUGAAGGUCAGAACUUAAUUGUGUUUGUAUAACAAAUGCAAUGUAUUGUAAAGUAAACCAAGCAAACUGUACAGUGUUGUGGAAACAGAGUGUGUGUGAGCGAGUUUGUGUGAGCGAGUGUGUUGAGAAAAACAAAAAACAAGGAAGUCCUUAUGACACAAACUGGACCUUUUUGGUUCUGGCCAGCUGUUCGUCUGUUUUUCGUAUCUGCUGCGAUAGGAAAUGUCAAGAACCUAAAAUUUCUUUGCGUUCAUGGGAGGGCAAAGUUUUUUUUGUUUUGUUUUGUUUUGAUAAGCAAUUUGAUGAAGCUAUGAUGAUUGAAAUACUUCUGUAUAUAGAGAUGUAAUUAAAGGCCAAGCUAAUAAAAACACCGUUGGAAACCUCA